GGCAUGUGACCUAUAUCAACCAAUCCGAAUGUGCAGGUUUUGGUGAGCAGCAGAGUAGAAAGGGGUUGAUCACUCUCUAAACAAGGCGCAAGCGAUGCCUAAUAAAACCAAGAAAGAUAAGCCGGUAACGACAAAGACCACCAAUGCGACAAAGAAUGGCAACAAAGAAGCUGCAGAAAAUACGGAAAACGAGAAGAAAAAAGCAGCCAGUGUUUCUAACAGUGCUGAAGCCACACAUCAACAUCCACCCCCAGCUCCACUCACAAAACUGAAGUUUACUGGACCACCUCACGUUAAAAAGGACAAAAGACAGUCUUCUUCCCGUUUUAAUAUCAGCAAGAACCGAGAACUACAGAAAUUACCCAUGUUGAAAGAUGCCACGCCAGCAGAGCGCGAGGACCUGUUUGUGCAGAAGAUCAGGCAGUGUUGUGUGAUGUUCGAUUUCGUCCAGGACCCUCUGAGUGAUUUAAAAUGGAAGGAAGUGAAAAGAGCAGCCUUGAACGAGAUGGUGGAAUAUGUGCAACAGAAUCGGGGUGUUAUAACAGAUGCCAUUUAUCCAGAGUGUAUACAAAUGUUUUCAUCAAACUUAUUCCGGACAUUACCCCCAUCCUCAAAUCCCACGGGUGCGGAGUUUGAUCCAGAAGAAGAUGAACCCACCCUGGAGGCAGCUUGGCCACAUCUACAGCUGGUCUACGAGUUUUUCUUACGUUUUCUUGAGUCCCCAGACUUUCAACCCAACACCGCAAAAAGAUACAUAGAUCAAAAGUUUGUUCUGCAGCUACUUGAUUUGUUUGACAGUGAAGACCCAAGAGAAAGAGACUUUUUGAAAACAAUACUUCAUAGAAUAUACGGAAAAUUCCUGGGUCUAAGAGCAUAUAUCAGGAAACAGAUAAAUAAUAUAUUUUAUAGGUUUAUUUAUGAAACAGAACGUCACAAUGGAAUAGCUGAACUAUUAGAAAUCCUUGGGAGCAUUAUAAAUGGUUUUGCUUUGCCAUUGAAAGAGGAGCACAAAGUGUUCUUGUUAAAGGUGUUACUUCCUCUCCACAAAGUGAAGUCUCUCAGUGUCUAUCACCCUCAACUGGCCUACUGUGUGGUGCAGUUCUUGGAGAAGGAUCCAAGCUUAACAGAGCCUGUGAUAAUGGGAUUAUUAAAAUUUUGGCCUAAAGUACACAGUCCAAAAGAGGUGAUGUUUCUCAAUGAGCUAGAAGAGAUCUUGGAUGUGAUAGAGCCAGCGGAAUUCACCAAGAUUAUGGUGCCCCUCUUCAAAAGGCUGGCGAAAUGUGUCUCCAGCCCUCAUUUUCAGGUUGCAGAAAGGGCAUUGUAUUACUGGAAUAAUGAGUACAUCUUGAGCUUAAUCAGUGACAAUGUCCAGACAAUUCUGCCCAUCAUGUUUCCUGCUCUGUACAGGACAAAACAGCAUUGGAACAAGUACCCAGGAGUGACCUGCCACAAGACAAUUCAUGGUUUGAUAUACAAUGCACUGAAACUGUUCAUGGAGAUGAACCAGAAGCUGUUUGAUGACUGUACUCAGCAGUACAAGGCAGAAAGACAGAAAGAAAAGGAAAAAUUAAAAGAGAGGGAAGAUGCCUGGGUGAAACUGCAGGGCCUGGCACAAGUAAAUCCCCAAUACAAAAAGGUGGCAAUAAAAGCAGACAACAGUAACCGGCCAGUUGAUGCCUUGAUGAAUGAUGAAGGGGACCCCACUGAGUUGGACAUGUCUUUAGACAAGCUGGAGACUGAAGCCAGAGAGGCACAGAAGAAGAAAAACAAGGAAAAGCCACUUCUGAGGCGCAAGUCCGAACUCCCUCAUGAUGCGUACACAAUCAAGGCAAUUGAAGGCCACAAGAGAGCCGAUGAUUACUUAUCAACUAAUAAGGAGACAAAUGCAAAUGCUAAUGCUGCUAACAGCUAGUGGAAACAUAUCACAUGGUUAAUGGGGUCACACAUAGUUUUUCACCUAGCUAUGGUUUGACCCUCUCUCCGGGAUCACAAUGCAGCAGGGCUCUGCUUGCUAGACAGUGGCCAUUUACAGUGAUAGUGAGCUCUAAGUAAUACACAUUCCGCCUUGUUAUUCUCUGCAGUGCUGAUAGAGUCGAGAUGAAUAAGACAUAUAAAGACGUAAUCAUAUUGGCAGAAUAAGGUCAGUGGCUCUAAGCUUUUUAUAGGAGGUAAAUGAUAUCUGCACCCAGACACAAUGUGCACCUGUAAUUAUCGAUGAUUACUAAACUGUUUAUAUUUUAACGAUUAAGUUAUUGGUGCAUAAAAAAAAUAGAGAAAUGAAUAUUUUUAUUAUUGUCUGCAUCAGAGAGAGCAGCUUUGUCAACGAGAAUGCCCUCUGUAUGUUUUAUUUGCAUACGUAGCCAAAAAUUGAUAAUUACCGAGUUGGCAGUGUUAUGUAAUAUUUCUGCAAAUGUCAUUUUUAGUGUACAACAAUGGAUGUGACUUGUAGCAUGCAUGAGAAAAUAAAGAGGAAUUUAUAGAGGACUAUUUUUGUUGUAGAAUAAAUAUAUGUCUCAGUGAGGCUAUUGUCAAUACUUAUAGUUGAGGCAUUUUAUGGGGAGGGAGGGAGGGCAUUCCAGUUCUCUGCAGUUUAUUCUAGGAACUGAAGGCAAAAGCUGUAGGUUUGCAAUCAUUUAGUGUGCUGUAUUACAAAUACUUCAAGCAAUUCAUCAUGCUAUAAUGACCAAACUUCACUGUUUGUUGUUACACAUGGUUUACAGCUAUUCAACCAUGUAUCAUCUUAGCUUUCCACCAGGGAAGUGAUGUUAAUAUAUAUAUAUAUAUAUAUAUUAAAACCUGCUUAGUUCAGGUUGUCUUCUCAUAAUAUUAAGUAUGGUUGGUGAGAUGGUAACAAAAAGCUGGUAUCAGUGGAAAGAGUACAGCAGAAACUGAUACAAAUUGGUCUGCAUAGCCUUUGUUCCUAGAGGGAGUACAAGCAUGGAUUUAAGAGGUUAUUAUAAUAAUUUUCACUAUUAUCAUCCCCAUCAAGUAGUAUUACUGUUGCUGUUGUAUCUCAGGGUCCAGACAUCUUACUUGACAGUAAAAUCAAAGUGAAAUGGUACUGUCAAGAGGGCCAGUUGCCACAAUGAAAACAUAAGAAAAAAAUGGAUGUAGUAUCCAAUUGAUUACUCUACCAACAAGUGUAGGAAAAUUAGAAGUGAUGAAAACAAUUUAGUCUGUUUGCCUUAAUCUUUUUCAAGAUUCUUACAUUAUACAUUUAUUUAAGAGUUGUAUAUUUACACACCCAUGUGGGGGCCUGAUCAUCAGAGGUGGCAUGAACAGUGUACAGCCAAUCAUAGUAUUCUCUUGUAAAUUUUUGUUGUAAAAAUAGAGACCAUGUCAAUUUAUUGUCUGUACAGAGAAUAAAAGCUAUUAAUGAAAA